AUGAUCCAGGAGCCGUACUGCCAGGAAGGACGCAUUGCAGGUUUCCCUAUAGCAUGGCAGGUCUUCCAGUCAAAAGCAAGGAACCAAGAUCAAGCACCAAGAGCGGGUCUAAUAUGUUGUAACCCAGCCUGGAAUCCGCUGCUAAUUAAACAGGACAGAGACUUUGUUGCCGUUUUAAUUGUGCUCAAAAAUGCACAACUGAUUCUUAUAUCUGCGUACUCCUCCCCAACAGACUCCAUCGACAAUUUCGUAGCAAACGCAACGUACGUCCGAUCUAAAUGCCAUUCAACGCCACAAGUCUAUGGGGGUGAUCUUAAUGCGCAUCAUGUAAACUGGGGAUACCAAGAUAUCACUCCCAAGGGACAAGCGCUAGAGGACUACUUAACAGCAAACGACCUACAUUUGGUCAAUACCAGCGGCGCACCCCCUACCUUUGAUAAUACGUACUACUGCAAAGGUUGGCCAGAUGUCACCCUGGCAACAGGAACGGCUCUAUCGCAAGUACAGGACUGGAAAGUUAGCGACGAACUAAGCUGCUCGGAUCACCGUUACAUAACCUUCACAAUCAACUGUGACACCAACAUCUGUAUUUUAAAGCGCUUUAAGUUACCAAAAGCCAAAAUCCGUCCUCUGACAGCAGCCUUCUCUACUUUAUUAACAGCAGAACAGGAGACACUAGAAGCCUACAACGGCAAAGACGAGAUGGAAGAAUUUACAGAACAUCUUCUGGAUAAUAUUAAGACCAUCUGCUCAAAUUUGCUUCCACGCGAGCUGCCAAGAAACGGCACAGCAUUUCAUGGUGGAGUAAAGAACUCAGGCAACAGCGUCAGAAAUGUCGUGCUCUAA